UCCUAACCUAGCUUAAUUUAAAUAAAUCGUCAAAAGCGUGUAUGUCUCUAAAAUGGAAGCAAAAUUAACGCGAUAUAAUUGUUUUGUAGGGACUGCUAGAGGUUUCCUUCUCUCUACCACUGACAAACCCAACCAAAUAAAACACAAAAAACCAGAAUUCGCAUCCGAAGUGACCGCUCAGACAUUCAACAAAGACCAAACCGAAAUAGUGAUAGGAUACAAAAACGGCCAUUUACAUCGUUACGAUCCUUCGGGAAAUGAAUACAUCCAAACAAUAUCCGAUUUAGAAGGAGAGGGAGGCAUUAUUGGAUUGGGUUACGCCGAUAAUAAUUCCAUAAUAGCCGGAAAGUCGGACGGAUGCAUCAACAUUCGAAAUGAAAAGAACUACGUCAAGAGUUUCAAAAUUAAUUUACAUCCUGAAGGAACUCUCGAUGCGAUGGUUGUUAAUCCUUCGGGGACCACCAUAGGCACCGGGGGAGAGAAAAACGAUUUUAAAUUGUGGGACAUCGAAACACAGAAAUGUACCUUUCAUGCUAAAUCUAUGGGACACGAUAAUUUAAAUUUACCGAUUCCCACUUCCAUACGAGGUAUAACAUUUCUACCAGAUGAACCGAAUCUGGGUUGCUGUUGUACUAAAGAAGGACAUGUAUUGUUAUACGAUGAAAGAAUACAAAGGAGGCCUGUUGUGAAAUUCAUCGAAACGAAAGCUAGUUAUACCACUAUUUCUUCUGCUUAUAGGGAAAGGCAAUGUCUAGUAGGCACCACAAAAGGAUACAUGCAAUUGCUGGAUAUGAAAGCAGGAAAGUGUCUAAAAACGUUUACAUCAUUUACCGGUAGUAUAACAAGUAUUGCCUGUGAUCCUACGGAACCAAUUGUCGUUUCGGUUAGCUUAGAUAAGCAUUUGAGAAUGCACCAUUUGGAAACGAAAGAAUUGUUACAGAAAGUUUACAUGAAGGUGAAUUUGACAUCAUUGCUCAUAAGGCCUGUUAUAAAAGAAGAAAUAACCGAGGGCGAAGAACAAUCCGGAAACGUCGAAACUAAUCAAGAAAUUGAUGAUGAAUAUGAUAAUAUAUUCAAUAAUAUGGAAAUUGUGAGCGAUAAAAUUAAAAUUAAGAAGCACCACAGUUCAGAAAAAGAUGAUGGUGUUAAUCAUAUAAAAAAAAUUAAGAGCAGCACGAAACUUAAAAAUAUUUUCGCAAGGAAUUUGUAAAAUUUUAUACCAGAACUGGGUAAAAUUAAAAAAUCAUUUUCAGAAGACCUGAUGUCUCCCGAAUCUAAUGUAAUGAUACAUUUAUUCUACGUUACCUUGAAGAUGUCUACACACCACAUUUUCUCAAAAUGAAUUGUAAUUGCUAGCCCAAGGAAAACCGUUAUUACAAUAUUGUUUAAUUUCAACGGCAAUUUCUCUUUCUCUCCAGCUCUUUUAAUUGAAUUUGCAACUAAUGCUUCUCACAUCAGACCUAAAACAAUAAAAAUUAUUAAAAUUAUGUAUGUAGUAGAUAUGUAUUAAGUAGGAAUUGAUACAAUGACCAUUCUAAUACACUAAAAAUUGUCUUGAAAAGAGGUGGAAUAUUUUUGUAAAAAAAUGGUUUUAACAAUAAACUCAUC